AUGCCGUUGUCCCCGCUGCGCGGGCUGAUGGCAGGUCAUGGCGGCCAGAUAGAUGCUCUCCCAAACGGCGAAGAUGAAGAGAAGUACAUUGUUGCAAUCAGCACGGGGGAAGCGGUGCCCACACCCAAAGGCGACCACAGGACGACAAUAAUGACAGGGGCAGAUGGAGUUCAGUAUGUUUGUGCCAUACCGGUGGUAGCAAACAGCUCAACAGAUGCUUCGAAUUCAGAUGAGGGGCAGAAUGAUGACAAGUCCAGACAAGCUGACAACCCACUGGAGUACCUGGAGCCCCUAGCUGGCAAGUGCAUCCUCCUUCAGGAGCAAUGGUGGGCAUACGAGGUGUGUUAUCAGCACUAUGUGAGGCAAUUCCAUCAGGAGGAUGAUUCAGCGGGCAUGGAAUUUCUGCUGGGCAAAUUCGAUGGGGAGACACGGAGUGACAGGGAAGUGAAGGUUGAUGAAAGUGCGACAAGCAAGAAUAACCGCUACGUCAGCCAUCGAUAUGUGAGUGGCGACAUUUGUGAGGAAACGCAAUCCCCAAGGGAAACAGAAGUUCGCUAUUUUUGUGAGGAACGUACCUCCGUCAGCACGACGUCAAUCACGACGAUCACGGAGGGGCCGACAUGCAAAUACACCAUCAACAUCAACACCCCGCUGCUGUGCAGGCAUCCGGAAUUCCAAAUGAAGGACAACACGCACGCCAUCUUAUGCCAUCCCCUCAAUCCGAAGAAGGCGGCCCCUACCACAGACGAAGAUGGUUCAAAGGAAGAGUGCGUUUCACCGCCCGCCCCACAGGACGCUUCUGAACAGGCCGCGGAGUGA